AUGUUAUCGAUAUCAGGAAAAGAAUCGAUUAGAUACAAUGUAGAGUGUAGUAAAGAUUUCUCAGACUUUACACUUCAAGUAGAGGAAUAUGUAGAUAGUGCAAAUAGUCGUAUACGAAGAGAUAAUGCAGACUUGAAUAGUCAUCAUCGCACCACCUUAUCAAUAUUCAAUCCCAUUCUAUCAAUGUUUCAAAGCUUACUUACUUUCAACAACAAUGGUAGUAACACAGCUUCGGGUAGUUUAGGGAACGGUGACGAUGAAUCAUUACAUGCAAUGUUGCUGUACAACAAUCCAUCGGGUCAACCACCAUUCUCAGAGACCACCACAACGUUUGAACAGCGGUAUCGAGCUAAUCUAGCUGAACACUUUCCCGUCAACUUUGAAUUGCUUCAGAAAGAGAGUUUUGUCGAACGGUUCUACGGCACCGAUAUAUUCCCACACCAAAUCGAAGGACUACCAACAUUUCAUUGCAAUAUACCGGUACCACCAAAAGCAAGGGGUGUAUGGCAGUUUGAAGUAACCGUAUCACAUUCACCGAUUAUGGUUGGAUGGGUAGCAUUCCAUAAUCCAGAUAAUGUUGGAGGUACUGGAGAAACACCACAAACACUCACCUAUGUCUCUAUACUGUUUGAAAAGACUAAAUCAAUGUAUGUUCAAAGUGGAGAUGUAGUCACUUGUGUGUUGGAUAUUGAACAACGUCGAAUGACCACUUUUACAAAGGGACAUUACUUUUCAGAACAAACGUUUACACCAUCAAUGUUAAAGACGCCACCUGGACACUCUAUCUUUUUCAUCCCCGUCCUAUCCUUUCAACACGGUAAAUGUUCUCCCAACUAUGGUACAUUUCCACACGUCAAUCAAUACAAAGAUGCCUCUCCUCUUAUCACAUACCCCAUCCUCUCUUUUACUCGUACAUACUAUCAAAAUGUUAUAUUGGCAAAACUAUUAAAAUUAAUUGAUUUAUCUCCUACUUUUUUUAAUGAAUCAAAAUUUAUAUUAUUGGCAACACCAAUUUUAACCGAUUUAAUUGAUAGUUUAAAUGUUUAUACAAUUAGUACAUUCUUUUAUCCAGUAUUGGAGAAUUUGAUUUUAAAUUAUAAACAAUCAACAAUUGAUUUAUUCUUAAAUUUAAUUGAAACUUUUAAUAUUGAUCAAUCAAUAUAUAAUAGAUUUAUAUCAGUAUUAUUUAGUAGAAUAACAUAUCUAUUAAAGACACAGGUGGAUUUGAAAAGAAAUAUCAAUGUAUUAAAAGUUGUUGAAAGAUUAAUGACGAGUCCAAUCACUCAACAAAGUAUCUUUUCAAAUCGUCUAUCCAAUGAAAUUCUUCAAUGUAUAUUAAAUCAAAGACAAGUUUGUUUCUUUGAAUACCUAACUUUAAAAAAGAAAAAUGAUAAAAAAACUUCAAAACAAUUACAAUCUAAUUAUAUAUUAUUAAAAAAUCAAUCAAGACAAAUUCAAUAUAGAAUUGUUAAAUUAUUAUUAUCAUCAAAAGAUACGAUUAUUGAAAAACAUGGGAAGAGUGUGAAUCAAUUAACGUUGGAAUGGUUUGAAAGAAUUGUUUCCAAUCAUUUUUCACAUUCAAAAAAGAUUGCAAGUGGAUCGAUAUCGGAACAAUUAAACUUUUCAACACUCAGCAAUCUCUACUAUAUCGUAUUGAUGUGCAUUGAACCAUUGCUCGUGAGUGCUCAAUCAAAUGUUCAACAAUUCCCAGAAUCAUUCUUUUAUUUGAACAAUUGCGAUAGACAACGUGUUGGCGGAGUCUAUUCCUUUCUCAAAAAGAAUUUUGUCAUUGAUCAAUAUGACCAACAGAAUAAUGGUCUAGAACCCAUCAUGUCAACAGACCAACAACUCUACAAUAUUGCAACAUCACUUCUUCAAAUUAGUCUUUGCACUCAAUUCUCUUUAAUCAAAAACUAUCUUACCCUAUUUUAUUUGGAAUCAAAUGCUAUUGAUGCAAUCACUGAUUUGGCUCAUCUAACAAAGAAAAGAGAAGAAGUUGAACAAUAUAAACAUAAAAUUCAUUUUUUUAAAAAUGAAGUUUUAGAAUUGUCAGUAUAUCCACAAUUAGUAUGGAGACAUGUAUCAUUUACAGCAUCAUUAUUUAUAAAGGUUUUGGAUAGUCAUGUAUUUGAAUUUAUGUAUGACUAUUACCUAUCGACAAUAUUUUGUGAAUUCUGUCAUCUAAUCGAUUGGGAUGAAAAGGAAGCAUUUACAAAUUAUAAUUUGGAAACUACAAAUCAAGUUUUAACCAUUUUAUUUAGAAAACAUGAUCAAAUUGUUGAUAGAGAAACAAAACAACAAUCAAUAGAUUUAAUUUGGGUACUUUUAAGAAGACCAAACUUCUAUUCAAUCCUAACAAAUCAUCCAGACUUUGAAUAUUUUGUUCAAGGUUUAUUAAUGAGACUUUCAGAUACUGAUCUAACAAUAUUAACAGUUUUAACUUCUAAACAAUUUAAAAACUUUUCAAAAAUAUUUCAAAAAUUAUGUAUUGAGAAUCCAAAUUCAUUACUUAAAUUAUUAAAUUCAAUGUUUUCAAAUAUCUCUGAAAACAUUGAAUCAAAGGUAGAGGUUAAAAUACGUCUCCAAGUUUUUGAAUAUCUAUGUACCAACUUUUCAGAGUUGAUAUUGGGUAAUCAAACUUCAAUGUUGAUCAUUGGUCAAUUCCUUACUUAUAUUAUGGAUAAAUUAUUAUUACAUCCAAAUUCAACUGGUACAUCCUAUUAUGCAAUCUUUGUUCAAUUGUUGGAACCAAUCUAUAAUCUUUACAAAGGAUCCAACCAACCGUUUUUAGAUGCAUUUACAAGAGUUCCACCAGAGAUUGUACCAAUCAUCAAGGCCAUUGCAAUCAAUAGUGGAGUUUCCCCUAUUCAAAAAACUAUCCUUGUUGAAUUGUUUACUACUCUUUCAAAACCAAUUGCUCCUACUCGUUCUCCUUCUAUUCAUGAUGAACUUGGUAAUUCAAUGGAUAAUAAUAUAUGUUUGAUUUGUUAUGUUUAUGAUUGUAAUAGAAUCUUUGAACCUUGUAAACAUACUUCAUGUCAUCAUUGUAUUACAAGACAUUUAUUGACCAAAAAGACUUGUUUCUUUUGUCGUAAAGAAAUUACCAAUGUCAAUGUUUUAAAAACUGAACAAUUAGAAGACGGUAAAGAUGAAAAUGUUAAACAAGAACAAGAAGAACAGGAGGUAAAAGAUGGAAUUGAAUUAUUAAUUCGAAAAGAAGAAGAAAAAGAAAAAGAUGUAAAGGAUAAUGUAAAUAAUAAUAAUAACAAUAAUAAUAAUGGUGCAGAACAAGAAGUAGAAGAAGAAGAAAAUGAUAAGAUUUAA